AUUAAAUUAAGGACAUAUUUGUUUUUCAUCGGAAAGGAGGACGUUCACUUUCCAAAGAUCACUUGGAAAUAUCUGACUAGCUAGGAUUCCAAAUAUAUUUAGGGCUCUUUACUUCAUACACUUCCUAUAUUAUCCCCUAUAAGUAUACCUCCUCCAGGGAAAGAACAAACUCAUCGUCCCAAAUCCCAAAACCAUCGAAGCUAAUCUCCAAUCUUUGCAGUACAAUGUCGACCGGUGAACUCGCUUGCACCUAUGCCGCCGCGAUUCUUCAAGACGAUGGCAUCCCAAUCACAGCAGAGAAGAUUGCUACCUUGGUGAAAUCUGCAAACGUGGAAGUAGAAUCCUUCUGGCCAAGCCUCUUUGCCAAAUUUGCUGAGAAGAGGAACCUUGGGGACCUUAUUAUGAAUGCCGUUGGUUCGGCUCCAUCUCCGGUAGCUAUGGCUGCUCCCGCUGCUGCUGCAAGUGCUGCUGCUCCUGCAGUUGAGGAGAAGAAGGAAGAACCAGAGGAAGAAAGUGAUGACGACAUGCCGAUAUUCGAUUUGUUUGAUUAAAUUUAAACUCGUAUCAGCACAAACUUAGAAGCCCAUACUUUAAUUUUUGGGAGUUUAUUUUUCUGAUUGGAUUGGCUUUGGGCAAUUUAAGUUCAAGCUUUU